CUCGACGUCGCCAGGCGCAGCUCUACUCUCUCAGGCUCGAACCUUCCCGGCGUGUUCCUUCCGCUGCGCUGCCGCUGCGCGCGCAGAGGGAGAGGCGCUACAUGGUCGACUUCAAUGAGAGCGAGGGCGAGUCGGCUUUCUUGGUUGUGAGAUCAACAAAGGGGGUCUGGUUCGACAACCCCCACGUGUUCCAUCGGAGCCUCGCAAAGGUGCCAAUCAGCUUUUGUUUCGCGGAGGGGGCCCAGGUUCAGACCGAGCUCGGGCCAACGGCUUCCGUCAAGGUCGGUGGCUACUUCGCUACCAGUGCGGAGUAUGAGGAGUGGUAUCAGCGCCGCCGCGCGAGCCUGACGCUGCCGCCUUCGCUCGGAGCUGAGGCGUGCGGCGUCAACGACGACGUCGUCGUGAAGGAGGAGGCCGCCACUCAGGAGGCCGCCUCCGAGAAGGCCGUCGCGACCAUCAAGUCCGCCGCCGCCGAGGUGUCCGCCGCCGCGGAGGCAGUCGCCGAGGAGGCGCCCGUCGCCGAGGAGGUCGUCGCCGAGGAGGCUGCCAAGGAGGUCGAGAAGCCGGCCAAGACCGUUUCCAACACGCCCGACCCAACGGAGCGGGCCGACCGGUCAAUGGUCGUGGAGGACAGCAUCUACGCCUCCAAGCCGGUGUUUCUGGCCAGCGUCGAGAUCGGGUUGGCGGAGCCGCGCGCUGCGAAGAUCAUGCAGCGCGUCUCGCGCGGGCUGCUGGCGCGCAAGAAGGAGGCGCCCGUCGCCGAGGCGCCCGUCGCCGAGGAGGCCGUCGCCGAGGAGGCUGCCAAGGAGGUCGAGAAGCCGGCCAAGACCGUUUCCAACCCGCCCGACCCAGCGGACACCACCUGCUACCCGGGCCUGCCCACGCCGAUGGCGGCGGGGAAGAGCGGGCCCGCGUCGGCCCGCAGCGGCUCCGGACCGGGCUACGUGGACGGCGUCGAGGCUGCAGUCCGCCGGCUGGGCGAGAGCGUCAGCUACCAGGCUGCGCCCGCCGACGGCGAGAAGUCGCCGUCGCCGGGAGUCCCCACCUCCGGCGGCAUUGCGCCCGUGGCGCCCAAGCCCCUGAGCGCGGUCGCGGGCGCGGGGCAGGCUGAGGCCGAGGCCGCCAAGGAGCGCGAGCACUGGGAGGGGCGGCUGAAGAAGGCGAAGGCCGCGCUCGAUCUCAUUGCCGAGCAACGGGAGAAGUGGGCGGACUUGCAGUCGCGGCGCUCGGGGAAGUGCCGGCGCAAGGCCAUGCGCUGCCGCAACAACCCCAAGUUUGGCAAGGCAAAGGGCAGGCGCAAGUCUGGCAAGGCAAAGGGCCGCGGCUCGCACCGGCGACCGAAGCCGCGCGGCGGGCCGCAGACGCCGCCUUCGCCGGACCGGCGCCGCGAGCCGCAGACCACGUCCGGCAAGGCGCCAUUCGCCGGCGCCCUCCGGUGGCUGCUCCUCGUCUGCAUGCCCGCCUUGGGCCACUGCGCGCCCGCCGUGCCUAGCCCGACGGCGGUGGCCUCGGCCUUCUCGUCUGCCGUCGCCUCGGCAGCCUCCGUCGCCUCGUCGGCGUCCUCUACCUUCUCAUCCGGCGUCGCCUCCGCGGCGUCCUCGGCCUUCUCGCCCGCCGUCGCCUCGAAGGCGUCCUCGCUCGUGAGCUGCUCGCCGCUUCUCAUGCCCGCACUCGUGCUCAUCCUCCUCGCCAUCGCCUGCGGCGCCAUCGGCACGCCUCCGAAUGUGCACCUGUGUGUGCGCCUGCUUCUGCUCGGCCUGCCUGCGGGGCUCGCGCAAUCCGAGAGCGGCCCGACUCGCAUCGCGGGCGACGCCCUCGGCUCGAACUCGGUCAAGCACGCCUGCAUCGACCACGACGGGCUCGACGGAGGCGGCGCGCUCGGCGCUGCGCGGCCUUGA